AUGGCUCCCUCCAGCUCUUCCAGCUCUUGUAGCUCUCCACGCGCUUUCUUGGAGAGCCUCGCAAGUGGUGAGACUACUCCUUCGUCGCUUCCUGACAUCAACGAGGGCAACAUCUGCAUCAGGUCUGCAGUUUGCGACUCUCGUCGUCCAGAAGGGACUAUGGUGAGUGAUGGUCAGUGGGUGCUCCGUGUCUCUACCAAUGCGCGACCCUUGGUCGUGGCAGAUGAGAUUUACCAGCGCCUGAUGAGGGACGACUUUUUCCUCAUCAACUUCGGCGACUUUGAUUGGCAGGUGUCUUUUCUUUGGUGCGAGAGCUACCCGUUCCCGGACUCCAUAACCUACCCCCUCAACCCACGGACAGUCUUGGUUGAUGGUGGCUAUGUUGUGGUGCGUCUUGGUUUCAAGGAUGCAGAGGCUUCUGCCGAGAACGAGGACACCGAAAGCGAUGCAGAAUCUUCUGCUGAGAACGAGGGUACCGAAAGCGAUGCAGGUUCAGACACACCGAGUCUCUCUUGCUUCCUACCGUUGUCCUACUUGGAGGACGGCUCUGACCUUUACAGCGAUGAUGAGGACACUCCUGAGGAUGAUGACGGCGCCUUCGUUGAGGUCAGGGACAACCACAAUCGCCCUCGUCUUCAUCUCAAGCGCAUCGGGAGCCUUUGGAAGACCAUAGGCAACCUGAAGGAGAUGAUUACGGAAGAGGUGCGAAACCUUGUGCCUUCCAGUCAGCCAUCUCUGACCGUUUUGGACUUCAACCUUGUCCACAACGGCGUUGUGAUGCAGAGCGACGAGUACAUCGCCGACUUCUUGAACUACCCGACCGAGCGGAAGCUGGUGGUUCGGAUGAUCUUGAGGCUUAGAGGUGGUGGCAAAAAGGGUGUCAGAAACGAUGCCUCCAAGCAGAAGCAGAAGGAGAAGAAGAACACGGAGAGACGUGAACAUGUCAGCAAUGCCAUCGCUCAAGAGACCACCGCGUCUGACUGUCUUGAAUUCUGUCGCCAGAUGAAGCAAGACAUCUCUCGUGUUCUGGAUGGUGCAGACAGCGACCCUCGUGAAACGAUGCGGUUGCUCUUGGAGGGCAACCCCAUUGAGAAUUUGGACGGAGUCCUUGAGGCAUUGGGCGAGAAAGGCAACACAGAGAACAAGGUGGCGAACGCAUCGCAUUCUAUGUAUGCGCAGAACGGCGUUGCACUCCACCGGCUUCUUGAUGAUGUGAGUGUCAUCAAGGAGACCUCCCGCAGUGCCUUCGUCUAUUUGUAUGAGAAGUGCGGGUACAAAGAUGUCGGCGAGUUCAAAUCCCAGAUUACGAGGGUGCGGGAUGUGAAGUUUGGGCGUUCGCAGGCAUCCUCUUCUACAGCCCCAGCCGAUGUUGCCACCGAAGCUCCUGUGGCGAUGAUGCCGUGA